AUGUCUAGACCCACUGCGCCUGCCAGGGCACAAUCAAGCGCACCUUCGCUCAAUGCGAGAACUCAAUCAGGUACCGUCUCACCAGCUGACAGCAUCAUGUCACUGUCAACGAACACAUCACAUUCAAGGUCUCCAAAAAAGCGAAAGGAGCGAGAUUUCGACGCCGAUGGAGAAGAGACAAACAUUCAUGUGGUGGUUCGCUGUCGUGGGCGCAAUGAUCGAGAAGUGCGAGAGAAUAGCGGAGUGGUUGUCUCUACAGACGGUGUUAAGGGGAAGAAUGUGGAAUUGUCGAUGGGUGCCAGUGCGCUGAGCAACAAGACCUAUCACUUCGACAAAGUCUUCUCGCCGGCUGCGGAUCAAUCCAUGAUCUACGAUGAUGUUGUGACGCCAAUUCUGGAGGAGGUAAGGACUGCAGCAGACCUUCCAAUCCCUCAGUCUAACAAGUUGAUGCAGAUGCUCCAAGGCUACAACUGUACUAUAUUCGCCUACGGCCAGACAGGCACUGGCAAGACCUACACAAUGUCCGGAGACAUGUCAGACACUCUGGGACUUCUCUCAGACUCGGCUGGUAUCAUACCAAGAGUUCUACAUUCCCUUUUCGGCAAGCUUGAAGAGGAUGAGGCGGAGAGUUCUGUGAAAUGUUCGUUCAUUGAAUUGUAUAAUGAAGAGUUACGCGACUUGCUCUCUUUAGACGACACGACAAAGUUAAAAAUCUACGACGAUGCACAAAAGAAAGGCCAUAGCGCUACGAUUGUCCAAGGAAUGGAGGAGGCCCACAUCAAGACCGCAAGAGAUGGUAUCAAGCUGCUACAGGACGGAAGCCACAAGCGGCAAGUGGCAGCCACAAAGUGCAACGAUCUGAGUUCUCGAAGCCAUACGGUCUUCACUAUGACUGCCUAUAUCAAGAGAACCACCGAAACUGGUGAAGACUUUGUCAGUGCUGGGAAGCUCAAUCUGGUGGACCUUGCUGGCAGCGAGAAUAUACAACGGAGUGGAGCCGAGAACAAGCGUGCUGCUGAAGCGGGAUUAAUCAACAAAAGUCUACUGACUCUCGGCAGAGUCAUCAACGCGCUCGUCGAAAGAGGCUCACAUAUUCCAUACCGUGAGUCCAAACUCACCCGACUCUUGCAAGAUUCUUUAGGCGGUCGAACGAAGACAUGCAUCAUCGCAACAGUCUCGCCGGCGAAAAGUAACUUGGAAGAAACAAUUUCGACGUUGGACUAUGCCUUCCGCGCCAAAAACAUAAAAAACAAGCCCCAGGUCAAUCAAAUGGUCUCAAAGAAGACCCUUCUUCGCGAGUUCACUGCGGAGAUUGAGAAGCUAAAGGGAGAGCUCAUAGCCACUAGACAGCGCAACGGUGUCUACUUGACGACAGAAGGCUACGAAGCGAUGGUAGGAGAGAGCGAGUCUCGAAGGAUCCUCAGCGAAGAGCAGCAGGCCAGGAUCGAGACGAUGGAAACCAACUUGAGAAACAAAGUCCAGGAGUUGUUUUCUCUGACGAGUAGUUUCAACUUCCUGAAAAGGGAUAACGAUUGCACGAAGCAAAUCCUCGAUGAGACCAAGGACGUCCUGGAGAAGACAGAGAUUGUGCUGGCAGAUACGCGGCAAACUCUUGCUGAAGAAACAACGCUCAGGAAAGCUCAUCAAGUCACAGAGGAGCAGCUGAACAACGUUGGGGGAGAACUCAUUUCGACGCUUGCAAAGACUGUCUCUGAUGUUGGCGGCUUGCACUCUAAGGUCAAGAGAAAGUCUGACCUGCAAACCCUUAAUCGCCAAGGAUGGCAGGCAUCACAAAGCAAAGUUGUUGACGUUACUCAGCUCGUAGAUUCCAAACUUGGAGAUUUCAAGACGCAGCAAGAACAACUCAUAGCGACCCUGUCAGGCCGGAUGCAGGGGUUUGUGCAGGAAGAACUGCAGAAGCUAGGAGCUACGCAAGACCUACUCCGGGGGAAGGUUGCAUCUUUCGAAGCCUCGGAAAAGGAAGUAAACCAACAGACCUCGGGGGCGAAAGAAGACAUGAACGUUGUUCUUGAGGAGAUCAAAGUUCUUCGGGAAGACGUCAAGCGCAAAAUUGGCGAAGGACUGAAUGGACUAUCCGCAGCUGCUGGACGUAUAUCAGCUGAAGUCAUCAACGAGCUGGGGUCUUUCCAUACUCAGCUCCACACUUCCUACAGCUCGCUUGGAAAGGAUUUUAAAACCCUCUUCGAAGAGCUUGUCAAGCAUGUCAAUUCACAGAAGGAUGAAGCCGAUAGUCUCAGACAGAAAGCUUCGGCUGCUGCAAAGGGUGCGAUCCAAGCAGAUGGAGAUGUGUCCGCUCGAUUGGAGACAUGCCUCAACGAAGAGCGCGCUCAAGCCUCUAAGGAUCGUCAAAACCUGCUCGCGCAAAUAACAACUCUUAUCAAUCGAUCUGCCGAGGAGCAAGGUUCACGAUGGGAGUCGAAGAUCAAUGCCGUGCGAAAGGAUAUCACGUCUGCGAGAUCGACGCUUGACACAGCAAAUGAGAACUACAACAACAAUAUGGACGUCUGGUCAGAGAAGGAGAACUUGCUUGUCGGCGAGGUCUUGAAAUCUAAGGACACCCUAAAGAGCAAGAUGAAGGACGAUUGGAAGGCCAUCAAUGAGCAUAACGUCUCGAUCCAGGCCACGACCAAGUCGGUCCAUGAAGAGACAAUCCGCAUAGUCGACGCUCAGAUGAAGGACAUGGCUACCCAGAUGCAAGCACUCGACGACUUUGUGACACGAGCACGAUCUCAGAACGAACGUCAUCACAGCAGACAUGUUACCUCGUUGCAAGGCUUAGCAUCUACCGUUCACCAAUCCUACUCAAGCAUUGGCGAUCAUUUUGUCUCGACGUAUGACCGAGUCCGUGAAAUUGGAGCCGAUGUGUCUACCCAGAGCACGGCCCUAUCGGCUUCUCUACCUCCUCUUGAUUCAACAAUUCAGCAGCCUCUUGCAGAGCUUCGUGCCGACAUUACAGCUGCACCUCUAAAGGAAUACGUCCCCACUGGCGAAACGCCCCGAAAGACGCAAUAUCAGUACCCAACCACUCUUUCACGUACCGAGCCUCACGACAAAAUCCUUGGCAAGCAAGCUCCUUCAUCACCUCGUCAGGCCAUUAGCACCCAUUCCCUUAACAAAUCUCCAAGCAAAUCAAUUGUCUACACCGACGCACCAGCCAUCAACGGCAUUCCGCCGACAUCUCCUUCCAAAGACCUCAACCCAGCAAGCUUACGCGAGAUCGACUUGAACGUCAACGCCUCCCUCAAACGCAACAACAGCGACUCUCAGGCCCACACUGCAGCGACAGCUAUCAAGUCAGAUCCGGAAGUAGUGGGAAUGGGUCCGCCACCUCUGAAGAGGCAGGCGACGGAAAGUAAGCUGCCGCAGAAGUUUGGAGGUGGGAGGGCCGGCAUGGUCAAGUUGGAGGGGAGAGAGAAUGUGGGCGCGGGAAGGAGGUUGAGGAAUAGUCCCACUGGUUGA